ACUGAAGUGAAUACAAAUUCAAAUCAAUUAUUACAAAAUUGUCUAAAAUUUUUUUAAUAAUUUAUAAUGACACAUCCAAAACGUGAUAAAUUAGCAUCCAGUAAUAAGGAUACAAGAUGGGAUCGCAUACGUAAGAGACAUUGCAGCAAUAUUUCAACAAAUUUAAAAUCAGAUGCUGUGAAGAAAUUCAUAGAAAUUGACUAUAUUGGAAGGCAGCAACAAAAUAUAAUGAAUGGUGACAACAGCAGGGAAUCCAAUCUAGAUCCGGUCUUAGUAAUGAAUCUAAGACAUGAAAUGUUUAAAAAGAUACCUAGAAAAUUACCCCUAGCAACGGUUGCCUACGCUAAGAAUUUGCAACAGUGCAAGGAGCACAAUAUUGCUGUCGAAGAUCAUUAUAUAGAGAAUCAAUUAAAUCAAUUUCGUAUGCAUUUACAAAAGCAACACAAACAUAAUAGAGUGCCUGAGAAAAAGUUGCACUCUUUGUUAAUCGAUAAUACGGAUAUUAUAAAAAGUUUAGAAUCUUCUCAUAAACAUAUAGAAGAUUUUUAUAAUACUCCCAUAGAUGCCUUACAGGAGGUACAUGACUUAUUUACAGAUGAAUUGAAAAAACAUGCCAAAUUGAUAGAAGAUGAAGAAUUUAUGGAAACAAAAAGAAAUACUCUGGAAAUUGAUUAUUUAUCAAAGGAACUGGAAAAUAAUAUAGCUAAUGAGGCAGUAGAAACGGAAAUAGCAAAUACUUUAGAAGAGCAACCAACAACAUUAGCAAUUGAGAAUCAAGAAAGUAGGGAAGUAAAACCAGAAGAAAAUAUUUUAGAUUUUAUGGCCGAAAGAAUGAGUGAAUUAAAUUUGAAUAAUGAAAUAUUCGAUAUGAAUUCUCAAGUUAAAGCUGAGGAGAAUUUUCAGCGUACUCCCAGUCCCUUGGCUAAUACAGAUGAGAUUUUAAAGCCCUUAAGGGAGGUAAUAGAAGAACAAAAUGCUCUACACUUAAGAUGCGUAAGAUUUGAUGAUGACAUUAACAUUUGUCGGGUUAAAAGAGAAUCAUCUGUAUGUUCAAAUACUAGUGAUGGUAUCGAUUCAGUUAUAUCUGAUUUAGCUGAAGAGGCCUUGAAAGAAUUGGAAAUGGAAGAAGAGUUUAAACUAGAAGACAUAUUGGAAGAAAAUAAUUCAGAAAGCAACCAAACUAAACAGAAUUUAACGUUAAACGGCUGUUCUCUACACAAAACUAGCAGCGAAAGCAAUGAUUUAAUAGUUACCGGUAAGAUGGCUCAUUAUGUUAAGUCUUCAGAAGAAGAAAAUGAAGAAAUAAACCCUUCAAAUGGUUCUUCCAAGGGAUUGGAAAACAACACAUAUUCAAAUAGUGAAAAAUCUAAUAUUAUAGAAAACUUAUUUCUAAAUCGUGCCCAUAACAACAUCUCUAUAAUGCGUAAAUAUUUUCUAAAAUGGGUCCAUUAUACUAACAUUGAAAAAAUUGAAAGGGAACAUGUAGAUGGGAGAGCUGAUCGUGUUAAAAAGAUAAAUAUUUUCCUGGACAAAAUACGCAUUGAAAAAAAUCGUUUGAAAAAUAGUCAGAAAACCGAAAGUGAAUUUGCGUUUGAAAAUGGACAUAAGAAAAACGGAGAGAAAAAGGAUACCUUGGAAAAUGUGAAAGUAAAUAAGAAAUACCAAAACAAAAUUAAAGUUCAACAAGAUAUCAUAGAUUUGCAACGUCUAAAGUUGGAGCGACAGGAACGUAUAAUUAUGGAAUUAAAGCUACACAAAUUGUCUGAGGAAGCUAAGGAAGCGCGUCAGGAACUGAAGAAUGAAUUAAAAUCCGUUAUACGUUCAGGUGAUCCCAAAUCUAAGGCUAAGGCCAAAUGUUUGCAAUUAAUAGGUAAUCUUAAGGAUGACGAAGAUGAUCAUUUAAAUAAACUGCAAGGUAAAGCUCUUCUAAUGCCUAAAUUUCUGCAAAACAUGCAAGAAAGGGCAUUGGAACGAAGUAUACGUCAUGAACAAGCUAAACAAAGAAGACUACAGCAGGAAGCCGAAAGAGAGGCUCAAAAAUUAGCUCUAGAGGAAGCCAAGCGUCAGGAAGAUGAAGAAGCUAAACGAUUGCGUAUAGAAGCCUUAAGAGAAAAACGUCGCCAAGAGAAAAUGGCUAAAAUCAUUAAAGAACGUGAACGUCAGAAAUAUUUAGAAAAUCAACGUAAGGCCCAGGAAUUCUACAAACGCAACUUGCUUAAACGUAUAGGCAUGGAGUGUUUCAAACGCCUGCUGCAACGCAAAAGGGAUAACCUAAAAAAAUGUGAAGAACUUCGACGUUCGCUAUAUAAGAAAACCUAUUUUCAAGCCUGGUUUAGUCUUUAUCGUAUACUUAAAGCUAGACGUAAUCAAAAAGCAGAUGAAUUAUACGAGAAAUUUUUAAAACGUCAAUAUCUACAGGUAUGGUUGCAAUAUGUCUACGAUGAACGUAGCAAAUAUAAUGUUGCUGUGGACUAUCAUGAAUUCAAAUUAACCGAAAGCAUGUUCCAUCAAUGGUGGGCAUAUACAAAACGAAUGCAAAUGAUUGAGGAGACUAAAAUGAAACAGGCCGUGUCGCAUCAUGAAUGGCAUCUAAAAUGGAAAGUAUUGGAUUGUUGGCAAAGAUUGCCACAAAUAUUACAACUGGAAAAGGAAACCGAGGAAAGAAGACAAAGAUGGCGUCUAAAAAUCUGGGAACUUUUACCCGAUUACACACCAAACCGAGAUGAUUUGAAUUUUAUGUAAAAAUGAUAUUUAGAUAUUUUAAAAAUAACAUUUUGUAACAGAUUUUUAAUAAAUUUAUAUAAA